UACCAAGAAUGAUGAUGACUUCAAAAGAGCGACGAUGAAACGAAUAAAGGCUACAAAAACCAAAGCAAAAGUUACGUCUCUAAAAGAGUACCAAAACGAUGAUGCACUGAAAUUCAUAUCAAGAUUCCAAAAUGUUGACUUCAAAGCGACGACAAAAUGGACAGAGGCUAAAAAGUUUGAAGCAAAAAUUAAAACACAAAAAAUGAAAACGUCUCUGAAAGAAACACCAAAAACAACGGUACACCGAAAUCUACAACAAGGCUCCAAAAGGGCGACACCAAAAGCAACGACUCCUCUAAAUAACAUGAAAUUGACAAAAGCUAAAAAAUAA